AUGACGAUCCUCACCUUUUCCGUCGCCAGCCUCAAGAAAACGAAGAAUAUCGUCAUUGGAAAUCCCCUUGCGAAGGUCCAAAUCGUCCAAGAUGAACUCUUCGUCUCUACACUGAUCGAUUGCCUCAACCCCCCAAAUAGCGAUGUUCCGCCGUCGCCGUCGUCGAAAUCGGCACAGGACGCCCUCCGCAUAGAGGCUGCUCACGUCGUCGCUUCAUUGUCGUACGGCUCGGAAGAGGCCCUAGGCAUCCUCCUCCGGGCAAACACACAUCACGCCCUCCUCUACGCUGUUUCAAGGUUUACUAAGGCUGAUGGGGUUGGGCUGCGUGCGGCGUUCUCGAGAGCACUAAGGACGCUGGCAUCAUCGUUGGCGGAGGUAGUGGGGCCGUCGCUGUGGGGUUUGAGGCCAGAAACGUCUAUGAUUCGGAGCGAGGCGCAGCAGGCACUCGAUCAGAUAUUCUUGAUCGAAUCACUCGACAUCUACCUCCCGCUCCUUGUUCCCGGAACAACCUCGUCCCACUCACCAAUAUCCUCAACAGCCAUUUCCAUCUCCACAGCGCAAAUGCUCGCCAACACGAUACGCACACCCGCUCACCGACGAACGGUGACGGAGUGGUUACCCCCUGCGGACCGUCAACGUGAGGUCAAGAGCCGGCGCGGGUGGGAGAAGACGGCAACGCUUAGUGGGACGGUGCCUCCGCCGUGGGUUGUGCGACAGUUGCUGGUGUUGCUCGGAGGUGGGGAAAAUGAGCAGGAUGCCAAGUUGGUCGAAGCUGUACUCUCGGCGCUGGCAGCGUUGGCGAGGGAGAACGCCGUCGUUGCGAACUUUCUGGUGAAAGGGCCCUCGGAGCGUGAUUAUGUACUGCCACUAGCCCAAAUUCUUGCCUACACGAAAUCACGUUCGGUCGACGUCCAGCUCGCCGCUUGUCUGUGCAUAACCCAUACCCUCCGGGCCUCCGCGCAUUACUCGAACCACUACCCGCCUCUAUCGCCCUUACGGCCGUCCAUGUCGUCCUCCGCCAACUUCGCGGACAGUUUCACGCAUGGUUCAAUGUACAGCGCCGGUGCGUCCCUCGAGGACGUGUGCAUGAGGACGGUGAUGAAUGUCGUGAACCGGCUGAUCGCGCCUCCGCCGCCGUUCGACCUUGCGAGCACGAGUGCGGUGCUGAUGGGUGGUAUGGGCGGCGGGGGUAGUGCGGAGUCGCCGGUGGUGAAGACGCGUGGGUGCUUUGUGCUUCACUACCUGGUAGCGGAUGACGCGGCGCUGUGCCACGCUGCACUCGACAGGGGGUGCCUCGAGCACCUCUCGACGCUCAUACACGCGCUUAUACCCUCCUCCGUCUCCUCCUUAUUCCAAGAAGAAGACUGCACCCCUGCCCCCCUCUCCGCGCUGCUCGAAGCCGCCCUGACCGCCCUCGCCUCCUUAGCGCUCUCGUCGGACGACGUGCGGCGGCGGCUGACGGACGACCUGGGGCUGCUGCCCUGUAUAUCGCGCGCUUUACGAACGAAGGCGCCUACGGGGGUGGGCGUGCGGUACGCGGCGUGCCAGUGCGUGCGGGCCGUGUCGAGGGCGGUGGCGGUGCUGCGGACGGGUGUGGUGGAUAGUGGCCUGGGGAUGGACGUGUUGAGGAUCGUGCUUGGGAAGGAGCUGGAUGGGUCUGCGAAGGAUAGGGAGAGGGAGGAGGAGGAGGAGGGGAUGAAGAUGGAUGUAGAGAACGGGUUGGGAGAGGAUAGGAGGGUGCUCUGCGCUGCUUUGUCGGCGGUGUGUAAUAUCGUUAAUGAUUUCUCGCCGUUGAGGCCGAUUUACCUGGAGGAGAAGCUCAUGCCACGUCUCGUGUAUAUCCUACGCGAGUCGGGCGACCCGGCGUUAAGGCUGAACGCGCUCUGGGCGGUGAAGAACCUUGUUAGGAAGACGAGUACGGAGACGAAGAGGGAUAUCAUGAGCCAUCUUGGAUGGCCUGAGCUACUCGACCUGCUCAGCGAUGCGGACGAAGAGAUCCAGGAACAGGCGUUUAACCUCGUGCGGAACCUUGCAGAGAACGAGGAGGGUAUCGCAAUGGUCUACCGUGAGAUCGGGCCACACGUCCUCGGAAAGCUCGUUGACGGGAUGCGGUCUGCCUUCUCCGCUCCCUCUCUGCCCUCCUAUCCUUCCGAGUCCACUUCCUUGUCCCCCUACCCCUCCACCUCCCGCGCAGAUGUCGCUCUCCAAGCGACCUACGCACUCGCCAACCUCGCCAACGGGACACACGAGCAGCAGGACCUCAUGCUGCGCUACCCGGGGCUCCUGCCCGCGCUGCAGGCAUGCCUCGCGGAGUCGACGGCGGCGGUGCGGAGGCCCGCGCUGGCGUGUGUGCUGGUGCUGGCCAAGGCGAACCCGAGGAGGAGGAAGGAGAUGGCGGAGGUGGGGAUCGUGGGCACGUUGAAGCGGUUGUGUGAAUGGAGUGGGAGUGGGAGUGGGGGUGGGCACCAUCCGUAUGGUGCGGGAAGUAGUGGUGCUGGGACGAGCUUUAGCCCGACCUCCGCGACGCGCGGUACUGCUGGAGCUGGCAGUGGUGUGCCCUGGCCCGGGCGACCAUCUGCUCGCUCGCCGAGCGUCGGCACAGCAGGUGGAGGUGGGGUGUGUACGGCAGCUGGACGGCGGGUGGGACGAUGCACCAUCACUACCAUGGUCAUCAAUCGCAUUCGCUCGCGCCCCCUGCGCAUGAGGGUGCUGCUGGUUAUGGAUAUGGGCAUGCGCCGAGUGGACUUUCGAUGUCGCUUGAUCACGAUCUGGGGCUGGUCCGCCAAGCACGCGAUGCUUUGGAAUGGUUGGAACAUGGAGAGACGUAUGCGCUUGAACGUUGAACGUUGA